AUGUCUGGUAUAAAGUUGUAUCAUUUUAAUGUUAGCGCACCGUCCAGGGGUGCGUAUAUGGCGACAAAAUUAAUAGGAGUACCGGCAGAAAUUGUAAUCAUAAAUUUGAUUAAAAAGGAGCAACUAAGUGAAAGUUUUAUAAAAAUAAAUCCACAGCAUUGUGUCCCAACACUUGAUGAUAAUGGCUUCGUCUUAUGGGAAAGUCGUGCAAUUGCUUGUUAUUUAGCUGAUAAAUAUGGCAAAAAUGACGACAUCUAUCCAAAAGAUCUUCAGCAGCGUGCGGUCGUCAAUUCAAGAUUAUACUUUGACAGCUCAUUUUUGUAUCCUAAGAUAAGAGCUAUUUGUUAUCCAAUUAUAUAUGAAGGAGUGACAGAAAUAAAGGAGAAGUUAAAAGAUGAUCUAAAUACCACACUUGGAUUCCUCAAUCAAUUCCUGAAUGGUAACAAAUGGGUUGCUGGCAAUGACAUGACUAUUGCUGAUACUGCUAUUCUUGCAUCAAUGUCUUCAAUUAUUCAAGUUGGUUGGGACAUGUCUCAAUUCCCCAACAUACAGAGGUGGUUCCAGGAUUGUUCCAUAAUACCUGGUUAUGAAGAAAACAUACAGGGUGCAAAAGCUUUUAGUGAACUUGUCAAGAAAAAUCUAAAAUCAAGU